GUGUUUGUAUAAUACACCUUUUCGGUAAGUUUCUUGUUAGCGGUGCUCGCCUAAUGUCGACGCCUGCUCGAAGAAGAUUGCUUCGUGAUUUUAAAAAAUUACAGGAGGAUCCACCUGUAGGAGUAAGUGGAGCACCAAGCGAAAACAAUAUAUUACUGUGGAACGCUGUCAUUUUCGGUCCCUCUGAAACUCCUUUUGAAGAUGGAACUUUCAAGUUAACUAUCGAAUUUUCAGAAAAUUAUCCUAAUAAAGCACCGAAUGUUCGGUUUGUGUCGGCCAUGUUUCAUCCAAACGUUUACGCGGACGGAGCAAUAUGCCUUGAUAUUCUACAAAACCGCUGGAGUCCCACUUACGACGUUGCCGCCAUUUUGACUUCCAUUCAAUCUCUUCUAGAUGAACCCAACCCAAACAGUCCCGCAAACGCAACAGCGGCUAAGCUGUACUCUGACAAUCGGAAGGAGUACGAAAGAAGAGUUCGAGCUAUUGUGGAAAAAAGUUGGGCUGAAUAAAGCUGGU